GUUUUGAAGACAAAUGGGUUGUCUUCCAUGCCAACGCUGCAGGAAUAAGUAAGUCCAUAUUCUGCCAGGGAGGAUAGUUGGCAGUUAUCAAGGAAUUCAGUCUUGGUAAGAACUUGUUGGUAACGACCGAAACUCCGCCAUGUCCGCCACAGACAUCCCGAGACCCAAGUGCUACGUGCAAACAUGGCUAACGGUGGAUUUCCUGGAAAAAUACCUGUAUAUCACUCAUGUUACCGUCCCUAUGCUUAACAUGAUCUUCUUGGGGGCGCAGAUGGCCUUUAAUAUCCUCAUCCUUAUCGCUAUCAUCAAGAACAACAGAAUCCGCACCCCGUCUACACUCCUCCUCGGAAACAUCUGCAUCAAGGACCUCGUGAUCGCCUCAAUCCUGCAGCCAAAUGGUAUCUUCCGCUCCAUUAACUUUCUCGUCCAAGACAAUCACUGCUACAAGUCCGCUGCAGAUGAUAUCCGCCCAUUCACCGUCUUUCUCUAUCGCUGCGUUUCCCUCGCAAGUUGGGUGAUGGUGUCUAUUGACCGAUGGCUUGCGAUACGACGCGCUAGUAAAUACCGUGUGAUAUUCACCCGCAAGCGCGCGUACAUAGCGAUUGGGGUAGGCUGGAUUUACAGUGUUGUGUUAAGCUACCUCGCAACCUUUGUGAUGAACAAAGACCAGCGUUAUCUUCUGGUUUUCAUCCAAUUCGGCCUCACAUGUCUGAUCAUCAUCUACAUACAGAUCAACGUCUAUCGUAGCAUCAAGGCGCAUGGCAGUAAUAUCGGUGCGCUGACCAGUGCACAGCAGACGCAGGCGGCCAUCGAGGAGCGAGUGUCCAUCACUGUGGCGUACUUCGUAAUCGCGUUGGCGAUAUCGUACCUGCCGAUGAUUAUUGAUGCCUUGCUUUUCUACUUUGGGACAAACCUGUCCUUGAUGACCUCGCCCUGGUGUGAGAUGCUGUUACUGGCAAAUGGAGCCAUCAACCCCUUUAUUUGGCUCAAGACAAGCGAGCAGAUGAGAAAGGCUGUGAAGGACGCAGCUAGCCUGCCAAGCUGGAUGUUCAGCAGCCGUGUCGCACCUGCCGCGUCUUCACAAGAGACCGAAAAUACCUAAGAUGUAAAACUUAUAUCAUGACUAUGUCCUACCUUUGGAUGACCGCGACGACCUGUUAGAUGACCGCAAAACCUAGAAAAUGACCGCCAAUGACUACAAAGUGACCGUGGCUACCUAGAAGAUGACUGUGAUUACCUAGAAGAUGGCCGAGACUACCUAGAAGAUAACCGCGACUACCUAGAAGAAAACCGCGACUUCUUAGAAGAUGACCAUGUCCCUACUUUUUGGAUGACUGCGACUACCUCUUAUAUGACCGCGACUGGCUAGAAGAAGACCUAGACUGGCUAGAAGAUGACAAUGUCCUACCUUAAGAUGACCGCGACUAACUCUAAGAUGGCCGCGACUACCUAGAACAUGACCGCGACUGGCUAGAAGAUGACCGCGACUACCUAGAGGAUGACCGCAACUACCUAAAAGAUGACCGCGACUGGCUAGAAGAUGUCAAUGUCCUACCUUUUAGAUGACCGCGACUAACUCUUAGACAGCCGCGACUACCUAGAACAUGACAGCUACUGGCUAGAAGAUGACCGCGACUACCUAGAGGAUGACCGCAACUACCUAGAAGAUGUCCGCAACCGCCUAGAAAAUGACCGCGACUAUCUUUUAGGAGACUGCGAAAACCUAGAAAACGACGGCGACUACCUAGAACAUGACUGGGAAUACCUAGAAGCUGACCGCGACUGACUAGAAGAUGACAAACGACUACCCAAAAGGCGACGGCGACUACUAAAAAAUGACCGCGACUACCUAAAAGCUGACCACAAUUACAUAUAAAAUGAACGCAAAUACCUAGAAAAUGACCGCAACUACCUAGAAUAUGGCCGCAACAACGCUACACUUUUAGAUGACCGCGACUACCUACCUAGAAAAUAACCUUUUUAGAUGGUGUGGGUGGGACGUACAGAGUGUGGAAGGAUUAGGGUGAAGGUGUGGGUGUGGGUGAGACGUACAG